GUGUGCGUAGUCGAAUGCCAUGGACACAAACCUUGGGUUUCACACUUGUUGGGAGCGAAACAUAAAAAGGUCAGUUACGAUUAAAUUUUAUUCACGAUAGUCGAUAACAAAUGUACUAUUUUUCAAUUUUGUUAUAAAAUAUAUGAUAGUAGAGAAUUUGCUGAUCGCCGGAUUACGAGGUUCAUCUUAUGCAUCUGUUGUCAGUACAAACCUUGCCAGGUUUGGCGCCAGUAGGGCAGCAACAUUCAACCCUAGAGUAAUUACAUUGGGACAAACUAAUUAAAAGUAACCACAUAUACAUAUUAUUCGACCAAUUUCCAUAAAUAAAUGGAAACUAAGUUUACAAAACGUGUACUAUAUAUUCUACAAAGUACUGUACAACAUUAAAGUGGUGAAAGUGAGACGGAUAUAUGGACAAUCGUUUUUGCAACAGUUACAGAAACGCAAUCAUGUUGGAUUGUUUUUAACAUUUUUUAUCCAAUUAAUUAUUCUGUGAUUGUUGGUGAUAUAAAUUCUUAUAUAAAGGGCGUAAUGUAUUAGUUGUAUGCUGUUCUUCACAUUAUAUAAAAAAAAUCGUGCAAAAUCAAGGCACCAAAUUUUCUGUGCAUGUCUUUAUCAAUAAGUUUGGUGACUUCCAUGCAUAUUAUCAUGCCGAAAUUAUGUCACAAGGAUUUUAAAGAUUGGGGUUAGGAUAAGGGAUAUUAGGCUAGGGUUAGAUUUAAGAUUGAUGUUAAGAUUGGAAUUAAAAUUGUAUUUAUGUAAAUUGAGGUUGUUAAUAAAUGAACAACACUGAUAUAUACAUGUUAAUAUUCAUUAUACAUCUGGUGGCAAUUAUGUACAACAUGCCAGAUUAACUUAACAGUGUGCACUAAAAAAUUAUCAUGUCUGCAUGCAUGUGUAAAUCAUUAACAGUAUACAAAUCCUGCAAUAAUUGGAUAAUCCUGAAAUAAUCGGAAGAAUACCGUACUGUAAAUAGAAAUAUUGAUAGAAUAAAAAAUCGUGUUUGUGGAUCAGGCCAUCGUAAUAUUACAUAUACAAAAUGAAAAAUUCACGCAGCAGGAAAGCGUGUUUCAAGACCAUUGAUAUUACGCUGCAUGACAUGCAGUUUCAUGCAAAACUAUGAUAAUAUAUUGAUGUGAGGAUAAAACCAAUCCCCAUAUAAAUAUUACACUAAUAUUCUAUUACUAACAAUAUUUCACGGUGCUGUAGGCUUUGGAACAAAUAGCUAUUGCAAAAGCUGAAGAGAAAAAUGAAAUGUUUAUGAAUAAGACCGGUACAGUAGUUAACUUCUUCCGAACACAACUAAUAUUGUGCUUCUUAUACAGGGUGUUAGCCAGAAGUAAAAAAAAUCCGCGUUUACCUGAAAUUGGGAAAUUUAUUUUAACCUGAAGCCGGGCAUUCCUUUGUGGGUCUGGGGGCAUGCGGGGGCAUGCGGUUGCCCCCUCUCGAUUUUUAAAAUUUUUGUGUCUUUGAAAUGGCAUUUCCCGCAUUUUGGGAGUAAUUUUGAGCAAAUGUAGUUAUAAACAUGUUUUUAAUGGCGUAUUAACAACAUUGAAUUUCUAUAACUAUUUUUUGGCUGACCCAAAUUGGGAAAUUGCGACCUCAAGGUAAUUGGGAAAACCGCGUUUAACGCGGAAUUUUUGACUGUAGCUAACACCCUGUUAUAUAUAACACUAUAUAUAGUAAGCUCAAUUUGACUCUAUAAACUGUUCUUCCUUAAUGAAUUUGAGGUCCCCUGAGGGGCAUCUCUCAUUGUUCCAGUGUGACUGCAGGAGAAAAUCAGAGUGCAUCCCGAAGAAACUAGAACUGCAUUCAAUCAGAAAAGCUCAUAUUGCACUGAGGAAUCGAACUCGGGUCACACUGCAGAGAGACAGAGGCGAAAGGCAAAUGCAUUUUUAACCAUCCUACCACUAACAUGCACAUGUACUGUAUGGUACAUAGUUCAACUUCAUCCGUAAUAGAAAUAUAUUAAUCUUUUCUAAUUAUAAGGUGGUCCAAUGAGAAAUAACCAGUUUGGCAAUAUGCAUAACAACAAGCCUUAUAACAGAAUGCAGAAGACCAUGCCAAAACCAAGAAAUAUGCCAUCAGUUGCAGCACACGAUUUUGCGCAAUAUCCAGAGCCACUUAUAGGUAACGUUUGCAUGUGUUUAAAUUUUUUCCACGUGCAUUUUAUUUUGGUUCUCAAUAUACAGUAGUUCCCAAAAUGUUUAGUAUGUGGUAAGUAAGUCUUCGAUAAUAAAAUAAAUUGCGUUGUAGAAUUUCACAAUGAUAUGGCACAAGUUCUUAUAGUAAUUGUAUUUUGUAUAUCAUUUAUCAGAUACAAAAUAGACGCGAAUGUUGUAUGUAUAACGUUUUGAAACGGAACAAUCUACUGUGCAAAUAGUCGAGUUUUUUGGCUUUUCUUCAAAACGAAGUGGUUACUAAGAUAAUCCAGUGAAAACUGUGUGCAAAUCAGGAGAAUGCUCUCUGUGGAUACAAUUCAUCAAACAUUGAUAUCUUUUGAAUUUUCUUCAUUAGUUAUUGAUUAGUUCAAUCAAUGUUUUCAGAGAUACUCUUCAAUACGAAUAUUGAACGAGCUUUUAAACAUUGUUUUCCAAAAAAAUGGAGCAAUAUUACAGCUGCAAUAAUAUAUAACCAUAUGCUGUCACAGUAACAACGUUAUAGUUACGGUUUGUAACUGUAGUGUUGUUACAAACACACCUACAUAAUUGACUUUAAGGGGGGAGGAGCAUAAUAUAUUUGAAAUUCUACAGUAACAAUGUUGUAACAAUGAUUUGCAACAUUGGUGUAACACGCCUUGACAAACAGUCACAUUCAAACUUCUAUGCUGCACCUGCGCGUGCAAGAUAUUUUCACUACAAGCUUGUCAUUGUGAAUCUGUUGUUGAUUCAUUUGUUAUUGUAUAUAUUUCAUAAUAACAGAUUCUCGUGACAAUUUGUAACAAGUACGUAUUUGAAAUUCUACAGUAACAAUGUUGUAACAAUGAUUUGCAACAUUGGUGUAACACGCCUUGACAAACAGUCACAUUCAAACUUCUGUGCUGCACCUGCGCGUGCAAGAUAUUUUCACUACAAGCUUGUCAUUGUGAAUUUGUUAUUGAUUCAUUUGUUAUUGUUAUAUAUUUGAUAAUAACAGAUUCUCGUGACAAUUUGUAACAAGUACGUUGAAUAAUUCAUUCGGCAUAUUGUAACGUACAAAUUGUAACGUUCUAUAGUGGCCUAAAUCUGUCACUAAUAUGCCAGUUUUGUAAAAAUGUUUGGAAGUUCAUUCUCAAUUGUGAGCAGUGCAAUUUCAGUCAGACGGCAAAAGUAAUUCUUUCCACGUUUUUAUUUUUUUUGUAAUUCGUGCAAAAAUCACUUUUUGAAACAUGUUCUUAAUACAAAACUUUUUGUUGCAAAGAUUGUAUGUGUUUAAAUAUUUGAUGUAGUAUUAAUAAGUAAUAGCAAGAAUUCUACUGCAAUUUGAAAAAAAAAUGUUACUCGUGAGUUGAUGAAAAACUCUGAUUCUGUAACUCAAAUUGCUCUUCAAAAAAAUGCUAUUACCUAUAAAUAAUGAAUGAAAUAUUUAAUUUUGUAAUCUUUGUUAUACUGGGAAUGACAGUUAAGUGUUUAAUUUUAGUUUGCUUUUGAAUUCAGAUUUGUCGUGUUGUGAAGCUUAUUUAUUUUCGCUUCGUGAUGGUGAAAAAAAUUAGUCCUUCGGCAUUUUUCUACAGGGGUGGAAAAUUAGUUUCAUGGCUGAACCUAAGAAAACAUUAUACGUAAAUGUUUAGAUCUAACAAGAUGGCAGUUGACUUCUGAUUGGUCUACCUAUCAAAUCAAACCGCAUUUCUAAUAUAGAAAACUACUGCAAAAAUCUAGGUUUAAUUUUGGGCUGGUAGUCUGCAUCCAGAGCGGGCGUUUUGCAAGUUUUGGUGGUUAGGAUUUAUAUUUGAUCUGUUCAUGGGGUUACUGCAGCUUACCAACUUGUCAAGGUUAUGAAGACGUUUCUUCUUUGUACUUGCACAUCAUUUUCUUUAUGCUACCAGUAGUGCACUUGAAGUGCAGUUCUCUUUUCGUAUAAACCUUCUUUUGUCUUUUUGCUGAUCAAAAAUAUUUCAUGCUGCCGCAUGGCCGGCUAUUUUUCCACCCCUGUGAUUUCACGUUGGUUACAGUGAAAGCAAAUAAAUCCAUUUUCACCUAAACUAUGGUGAGAAUGAAAUAUUUGAUUUCACUGUUAAAAUAUAACCACUACUGUACUUUAAUCACCCAUACACAGGCCUGGAGUACCUGACAGAGAUCCAGGUUGCUGGACAAAAUCCCCGCUAUGAAUGUUCUGUAUGUAUUACGAAAUUUGAUCAUAAUCUCAAGUUUCCUCACCUUGUUGGACAAAAACAUCGAAUGAAUGUCUUGGUAAGUAGUUCAUCUUCAUGUUUUGACCUGUGUUUCAAAACAAGAAGAUGUUUUCUGUCGUUGAUUGUUUGUAAGUAACAAUCAACCGUAUUUGAAUAUGAAUGUUUUAGGAGGUUGUUUUAUAUAGCAAUGAUUUGCGACAAUAAUGUAACAAUGUUAUAAACGAUUUCAAACAAUGCUGUAACAAUGUUAUUGUAAUGAUUUGCAACAUUGCUGUAACAACCUUGAGAAAUAGUCAUAUUCAAAUUUUCCAGUUGCAAAUACCGUAAUUGAUUUAGUAGCGCCCACGUCUUUUCUUAAUUUUUCGUACUUUUAAGUAGAGGCGUGUAUUAGAUUCGAGGAGAAUAUUAGAGAGACGUUUUCCACUAGGCGGAAUUUUCCGCGCGGAGCGGAAUUUCUCUUCGUCUUUUCUAAUUAAGGCCGUUUUCCACUUGGCGAAAUUUUUUGCGCGGAGCGGAAUUUCUCUUUGUCUUUUCUAAUUAGUUCCACCCGAGAAUUCGUAAGACAAAGAAAUAUUCCGCUCCGUGCGGGAAAUUUCGCCUAGUGGAAAACGGCCUUUAGAGAGAGACGUUUAUCUUACAUUCGGGGUCCAACGUUUAAUUUAAAGCUAUUACAAUGUAUUGUAUAUACAUUUCAACCCUAAUAAUUUUAUAAUCUAAUCCUUCAUAAACGUUUCAUUUAUUCUAAUAAACGUCCAUAUAGUGAGGGGGUUAUUGGAUAUGGAUCGUUUAAUAUUAGAGAGGGGCGGUAAUGACAAAAUACUGAUUUGACCAGAGCGUCUAUUAGAGAUUGAGCGCUUAUUAAAUCAUUUACGGUACGCUUACAAGAAUUGUUUACAACAGGCUUGACAUUGCAUACUGCAGGAUGACUAGUGGUAACAAAUUUUUUAAAGAACUUGUGACAAGUUCGUCCAAUUAUCAUCUUGCUUUUUAAGUCGUAGCAUUGUAGCCAAAUAUUUGUAACAACGUAACAAAUCUUGUAGCAAUGUUGCUACAAGUUCUGUACCAAUGUUGCAAGUUUUGUAACAAUUUUGUAGAAAAUCUUGUAUCAAUGUUGUAAGAAAUUAUGCAACAAUCUUGUCACACAUUUUGUAACAGAGCAGCAACAAACUAUGCAAUAUCUUUUUUUUAAACCUUAUCUUGUAACAAAUUAAGUUGCAUUAUUUUGUAACAGUCAGGUGGCAAAUCUUCUAGCGAAUAGAAAUUGCAAGAAGUUGCAUAACAAUCUUGUAACAAAUUUUAUGACAGCGCUGUAACAAAUUAUGAAACAGCGUAGCAAGUUUCCAACAACAUUUUGACAAGUCCGGGGUAGUAUAAAAUCUUUAUUUACUUUUUAACUACCCAUGUUGUACUUAAAUUGUAGUUAUCUUUAAAAUACACGAAUCAGAUUGGUUAACUUUCUCAUUCUUCUAUUUACACAAUCGGAUCCUGCAUCAAGUUCUAGCAAAAUUAAUUAUGACAAGAUUUGUGACCAUGUUGCAACUGGUGUUGUAAAAUGUUGUACCAAGUUUUGAAACAAUCUUCUAACAAGUUGUGUAACAAUCUUAUAACAAAUCUUGUAUAAAUUGCAGCAAUCUUCCAACAGUAUUGGAACAAAUCUUGUGACAAUCGUUCUAAUCUUAAUUGCAACAAAUCUAGAAACAAACUUGUAGCAAGUUUCGUAACAGUUAUUCGAUAACAAGUAUCAACCUUUUGUAGCAAACUUGUAGAUGCUUUAUCGAUCGGUAUGCGAAACUUGUAAAAGAACCAUCCUUAUAUCACUAAUAGCAUAUUAUGUUUCUUUCAGAAAAUCAAGCGACCUGUUGCUCUUAAAGGAGUAGCGAGUAAGAAACGCUCAGAAAUAACCAGUAUAUUAGCACGAGAAUCAAUUAUUUUGGAGGUGGAGGAAGGACGACAACUAGUGAAAACUAGAGUUAAGAACCCUCCGUUUAGUUUUAACGCCGAUUAUUCUCAACAAAACAAUGCAGGUUUGUCAACGGCUGGUUUGCGUAUGAUUGUUGCCGUGUUUGCCAGGUGCAUGGAAACAAAAUUUCCAUUCCAGAAUGUCUAACAAAAGAUGUUGCGCAAUAAUGCGUUGUUUCGCAACUGUUAGUUUUGUUUGGCACACAUAAAAUUGUUUUCUUUAUUUUCCUAUUUGCCUAUUGGGCCGUAGCCACCAGCGGUAAUUUCAGGUAAACACUGCUUUUAUAGGUAUCUCAAAGCGUAUUUUAAAAAGUCAGGUAAUUUUACCCCUGCACCCAACAACAAAGUCCUCGCUGCGUCCCUGUUUGUCUAGACGUAACAUGGCUACUAUUUCUUACUACUGGUAUACGUGCAAAUGAUUCUGACAACUAUUUCCAGGUUUGCUCACAUUUGAGAAACACGGGUUCACUAUAAGCUUUUAAAACAUCUAUUGCAUGCAUCUUUAGGUCGAGGGGCCACACGCGGUGCUAGAGGAGCCACACGCGGUGGUAGAGGAGCCACUCGCGGUGGUAGAGGAGUCAGUCAAGGCAAAACAUGGGACACUCGGGGAGGUAGAGGUGUUGGCAGAGGAAACACUGUUUCACGAGGCGCUUGGAGUAACAGGGGAAUGUCCCAAUCCGGAGGAUAUAAUUUUGAACAGUCGCCAGGAUCAUAUCCUCAGUCAUCUACAGUGCCUAGUGACGCCUCCCCGUAUAAUUAUGGUCCUUAUAAUUCCUCUUAUGAUUCUUAUGGCAAAGUCUCGUAUGGAAAUGACUCGUAUGGAAAUAACUCGAGUUUUGACAACUCUAGCUACAGAGGAAGCUACAUGGAAAGGUUAGUUGGUUUGGUAAUAUCUCGCGGUCAAAGUUUUUUAGACGCACAGCUUUCAGUAUACCCGCGUUGUGCUAGGUUUUUAGGAAGAUUUAUAGUAUUGAUGUUGCGCAGUUGGUAUUUUUCUUUAAAUUUUGACCUUGCUUUAUAUUUCUGACAAAUUAAUUAUGGCUAGAAAAUAUUUUUUUAAAUUUGAAUUAAUUUCUGUGUUCUCUGGAGUUGAAGUUCUAUAAACGUUUCGGCAGGUAUUUAAAUAUAAUGCAUUCAUCUACCUCGUGCCCAGAUGCCUCCGAGAACUUGUGGAAGUUUUCUCGGUAUGAGACAGAUAAAAGCAUUGUAUGGAUGAAUGUUUGAUUAAUAAACCAUCAAGAAUGUAAAUGAACGCUUCAACUGCAGUCGAGAACACCGAAAUAUUACAAAAAAAAAUACAUGAAAAUCCGCAGAAAUUACCUCUUCUUACUUUCAGCUUUCCUUUAGUUUUUCAGAGGUGACACAGGGCCGCACUGGUUGAAGAUGCGGUUAUCGCAUUGCUCCUUACCUGAUAGCCCAGUAUGCUAUACUUUAGGUUAACGAUAGGGUAUUUACUUAUAGUGCAUGUGAGUAACUUCCCUGUUCUUGAAAGUUGAAACUCAUGUAGAUAGAGUUUGGUGUUAUUGAUUGAUUCCCUCCUGUACACUUCAGGGUUUUCAUCCCUCGCUAGAAGUUAUGACAAUCAAGAACAGCUGGCUCAACUGAAUUGGGCAACCACACCCUGAGUGUGUAAUCGACAUUAAAUAAUUUACUAUUAAUAGUUCUAGCCCUGGCCAAACGUAUCCCGGACAGACAUACUCUGACAGCGCAUCUCAAUUCUCUGGCGGUGGAUAUUCGUAUUCUACACCACCACCUCCACAAAUCCCAUAUACAGACAACAGAAACAUACCUUCUACUGUGUCCAAGGAGGUGGAAACUUCCACGACUAAGGUAGCGUAUAAUAUCUCAAUUAGCCUUUCUCACGAUGGCCAAUAUCCGCCAUUUUUAGAGUACUGUCUUAUACGCGUCAGAGAAUAUAGACAGUCUGAACAAUGUGAAAAGUGACUUUUCACAUUAGACGUACUGCACUAUAGUGUUGACCUGGCUUUGACUAUUCCCUGUAACAACCGUAAAUAACUUAAAUUAAGUUGUUGCAUAUAUCCAUGUAUUACUUAUUUACAAACCUGCACAACACUGCCAACGAAAGAACGUUAAUUCUCACACAUGCGAAAUCCUAUUGUAUGCAUGUAUAUAAGUAAAUUAAAUAAGUACUAUUUAAAACACGAGCAGGAGUGCUUUAUCGGAUAUAAAACACGAGGCGACAGCCGAGUGUCUAAUAUCUGAUUAAGCAUGGACUGCCAGUGUUUUAUAUGACUUUAAAAACGACCCAUCUUAUGAGUUCAACGUUGUCUAAGACGAGAAGCUGAAGUUCAUUUUAUCACAUAUAUACAGUUAUUCCAAUUAAGGUUAUCAACGAGCAAAGGGGAAAAGUCGAAUACGAGCGCGAAAGGCUGCUGGGAAUCGCUAUGAAAAUUCAUUAAUUUGUUAGCGAUUCCCAGCAGCCUUUCGCGCUCUUAUUCGACUUUUCCGCUUUGCUCGUGGACAACCUUAAUUGAAAUAGCUGUAUACAUAUAGUUUAUUUUAUCACAUGUAAAACCAACGACAUGCACGGUAUGAUUUUAUUUGUCUUUUCCUCAUGAAUUAUUAUUUAGUUUUUGCAUCUACUGAUAUUUGCAUCUACUGAUUUUUAAUCAGUAGAAGCAUUGUCAGGACCAAAGAUCUAAAUUAAGACCCCGUUUACACGGUACCGGACGAAUUUGGAACCGGACUAAAAUUCGUCCGUUUCGGCCGUGUAAACACACGAAAACCACGGAACCGGACGAAUUUGAGACCCCCUAACAGGACGAAUUCGCGUGUAAACAGGCGAGAAAGGACGAAUUUCAGACCGGUCCCAAAUUCGUACGGUACCGUGUAAACGGGGUCUAAGGGGCGCAAAUUUGAUGACAUAUUAAUGUAAUGCAUUUGCGAGCAUAGAAUUGUGAACGAAAGUCGGUUAUCUACGGUUAGUUCCACCAUUGUCCAUAAAUAGUUUUGUCAAUAACACGAUUUUUUUUCAAGUACACGAGUACAAUAAAAUGGUUUUGUCAAUAACACAAGUUAACUGCGCGAGAGAAUGACGACUUUGUAUGUUCAUAUAUCUUGGUGCUACUCAGCAUGUACGCCACACGGACCUAUUUUUUAAUUAAGCAUUGACAAAGUACAUGGGAAGUAGGCCUAACGUUAUAAAGCAUUCAUUUGUGUUUUAUUGUGUUGUAGGAAGGGAUAUCCGCUGGAUUAGCUGGUGCACUUGGUGAUUUGGUAAGCUUUAAAGUGCCUUUUUAGUGUCAAGUUUCUUCGAAACUUGACAAGUAUUGUGAUGAGUGGGGGAAAAUUCAUAUGAGUCAGGGAUCAGGCAUAAUAGUGUAAACUUUCCGGGGGGGUGUAUAUACGAUAUAUGUUCGUAGUGAUUUAUUGUACUUAGUCAGUGCUUUGAAGGUUAUUUAGGCAAUUUCAGUUGUCUUAUUUAAAUAUUCUUUUGUCCUUUUGCCAAGUUCACAAAAAUUUUGAGGAGUGGUUGUCGUUAUUGUAAUUUUUUGUAAAUUUUAUAACAUUCGCUUCUCAUGUUGUGUAAAAGAUCUUUACCCCGGAACACUCGAUUUUUUCUUUAGCAGCGCAAAUGCGCAUGCGCUAUCAAACCGUAGAUGACCUGCGAUGACGUGACGAUGCUAGGAAGGAGCGACACUGUUGUUUUCAAAUGUAUACAUAUUUCAGAUGUGAAUAUUGAGUAAAUCUUUGAGAGUCUACGCAAUAUAUAAAUUGAUGUUAUUCAUUACGGGCAUUCAGUCGAGUACCGAUAUUACUUAGACGGUAUAUUCAUUAUACAGAGCUAAGAAUUAAGGAGCUAGAUAGUGCUUUUUUCCAAAUGCAUAUAAAACAUUUCAGACCUAAUUAUAAAUAUUGAGAAAAUCUUCGAAGUGCCGUAUUCAUUAUACAGAGCUAGGAAGGAGCGAGACAGCGUUGUUUUCAAAUACAUAAACAUUUCAGACUGAUGAAUAUUGAUAAAAUCUUUGAGAUGCAUAUAAAUUGAUGUUGUGCAUUUAUACCGGCAUUCAAUUACGUGCCGAUAUUAUUUAGUCGUAUAUUCAUUAUACAUCGAAUGUAAAGGUGUAACACUGCUACACCACAGAAUAGAUCACUCAGUACGAAGAGCAAAACAUUGCAUCAGAUCAGUAGAGCAUAAAUAACUAUCAAACAGAAGUAGUGUUUGUAUAUCAUUGUAUGGCGUUUGCUAUCCAACGUGUAGUCACGGGCCUUGUUCACAUGUCUGGCACAACGGUGCAAACUGGUGUUCAAUGGCACAAUGCAAUAUUCAAAUGCAACGAGAACAUCACCAGAUCUUACGAGAAUCUAUCUGUAUCCAAGCUUUAUCAAAACUGCUAUAAACUCUGCUGUAACUGUGAAAUUAUUGACAUCUAAAGUGACAUUAUUGAAUACUUGCGAAAAGCUGAAAAUGACUCAUAAAAAACAACAACCUGAUCUUCGCCUUGGGAAUAUAAAGUCAAAGGUCAUUGAGACUUGUUGUUGAGAAACAUGUCACAAUUAAGUUAAAAUGCGGAAGCGGAUGCGGAACCUAGCGGAUCCAUGGAGCGGGUGCGGAACGGAUAUGGGGAUAAAAUGCGUCAUUUAAAUGAAUUUUUUCGCCUCAUUUUUAUGUGUCUGUGUUUUGGAUUUAUGUUUUUGUAAUGGGAUGCAACGUCAUAUUAACUACAGUGUGUCCCCAAAAAAGUACCCUUAUAACAAUAGGAUAGAUACUUUCUAUAGAGGGUACUUUUUUGGGACACACUGUAGUUAUACAGCUAUUUCAAUUGUGUCACUGAGACAAUAGUUAAAUGUGCAAUAUGGGCGCUGAUAGUUUUAAAUAAGUUUAGUAUAUCAGUAGCCUUAUGGGGAUACUUUCAGCGACAGCUCCCAAUGCAAUUGUAGUUUUAGAAUAUACAAAAUUUGGUUGCUGGUGAAAGAAUUUAAAUUUCGAGUUGUCUCGUGUAGCAUCACAAUAAAUAAAUAAAUUGUACCAGUUCCACGAGGCACGGCGAAGGAAGUGACAAUGAAUUGUUUCUCUCGUAAAAACCUUGUUCUAAUCCACAUUUUUGAGUAACGUGCAGGGUUGGUAUGUUAGAUGAAGAAUUAGGCCAAAUCGUAUUAGUGCCGUUAUUGAAAACAAAUAAAACAAAACACGCUAAGACAAAAAAACAAAGGCCUAAUGUGACGUUGUUUGGCCUAAUUGUUGAGCAAACCAAUUAACCCGCUAGACCCUACGCAGUUCUUCCCGAUCUUAUUCAAUUUGAAACUUUACACUAUCCUUGGAUCCCUAGUUUCUUGACCGCGCAUCUUUUAUUCCGACGUACAAAUUAUCAGGGGUGGAAAAAGUAGCGGACCACGGUUUGAGUUCCCAGAAAAUAUUUCCGUAUGCAAGAAUGAAAAAAUUGUAAAAGUUUAGAUAAAAGGAGAAAUUAAGAGGAAAGACUCUAACCAAUAGAAAAAAUGUUACCUGUACUGUAGAUAUGACCUCAGAAAUGCAAGUAUAAGUACACGAAUUUUAAUAGUAUGAUAGUGUAUAAAUGUAUAAACUAUAGAAUGAUGUAACAAAUGUUAUAUGGCAAAUGCAUUUUUAGCCAAUCUGAGACACCGGAUAGAGUGCCCUUUUUUGACAUUUGUAAAUUUACCUCAGGAUCUCAUCAGACACCUGAUGUUAUCUGAAUACACUCUUUCGAUAAUUACGUCACAACUACACUGUUUUCAACUUAGGAUCACCUUAAAUGGAAAGGAUUUCAAGUUUUUUUCUCAUGGGCUAUGCACAGAGAAGCAGAACAUCCUUCUUCAACACAUGCAUGAAAAAAAAUGUUGGGUUUUGAUCAAUAAAUAUGGAAAUAAGCAUUAACACGAAAACGAGGCUCCAGGUCAUGACCUGUUGUUGAAGAAGGAUGUUCUGCUUCUCUGUGCAUAGCCCAUGAGAAAAAAACUUGAAAUCCUUUCCAUUUCAGGUGGUCCUAAGUUGAAAACAAUGUAUAGUUGUGACGUAAUUAUCGAAAGAGUGUAUUAUUAUUAAGAUUCUCAGUGCAACUCAAAAUUUGGUUUGUUCUGACAUUUUCCAAAUUUGAUCGAACAUUGUCGGAUGUCCGACAGUAAUUUGCAGCCCUGUUAUAAUUCUACUACCUGAUUACCCUAGGCUUAUAGUGUGUGAUGUUUUCAAUUCAACAGUAGUUAAUCACAUUUCGUUCAAACUGCAGGAACUCAGGAACUUCUUUAAAAAGCUCUCAGAAUUACCAGAAGAGGACAUCAGAGAACGACUGAGAACACCUGAGACAUGUGUUUGUUUAAACGUCGUAUUUGCUUUUCUGUGGAAAGAAUGGAGAGACUCGCCCGAAAUGAAACGAAUAUUCGUAUCAAAAUUGACAAGAGAAUUCAAUGAUCUCAUUGGUUCAAAAGCAGCUAAAGGAAUUAUCGAGGAAAUCAAUGUUAAAAGCUAUAGUCUUGGAGAAUCAUUACCUAUUAUUAAAGGUAAAUAAUAUUUAAUAUGCCAGAAAAGUUUAUCAAAAACCGUAGAUUUUUGUGUCGGCAAAGGAAAACUACUUUAAAUAAAUCAGCGUUGGUAACAAAGGAGCCUAAAAUAAAACCAAAUUUUACAAAUUUAGGUUCCCUUAGGAUAAAAUAAUUUCAAGUUCUUUUAAAAUAAGUGAAAAGAGUCUAUGUUUAUCAACUCACGAGGAAGAGAAUUGAAAAAGUUUGAACCUUGGUAGCGAACUGAAAAUUGUCUAAUAUUUGUUCUACACAAAGGCAUAUCGAAGAAUUUCUUCUAUUGAACGUAUGAAAUUGACUACGUUUUCCUACGUUUGGAAAACGUAUUUCCAAAUCUUUCUGGCAAAAGAUUAUGUUUAUGACUAAACAUAAACUGACCAAGUUGUAGCAAACAAAUAUCAUCCAAUUUCAAUAAGCCAAGUUUCUUAAAUAUAUAGGGCUAGCUAGUGUGUGCCUCAAAUUUACGUUUAUUUAAGAUUCUAAUAACACGUUUCUGAAAUACUGUAAUACGGUGAAGAUAGGAGAUAGAGAGACAGAAAAUGCCCCCUCCCCAGUAAUUUCUGAAAACCUUUAAAUGAUAGCUGAAUAACUGAGUGUGCAACAAAGCUGUAAUUAAACCUUUUCUAUUAUGAGACCGCAUUUGGUAGACUAUAAAUUGAGCUACAGGUAUAUAUUGCAUAAAAGUUAAUGCAAAAUUAAAUUGACUCUUUAACAGAUCUUAAUAUUUCAAAUGUUUAUAGAUGCUGCAUUGAUAAACAUCAGAUCCCAAAGCGCCGAAGAUGUUCCUGACGAAAUUGAUAUUGCACUCAACAUUACUUAUUCUGGGGGAUUUUACGUCAGCGCUGAUCUCGCCCUAGCCUUGAGCAAGUCUGUUUAUUUGUCCAUCAAGGUUGUCAAAAUAUCAGGAAAGGUGAAACUUAGUUUUCGGCGAUAUCCUACCUCGUGUUGGUUCUUUUCAUUUUACGAGGUGGGUAAAUCCAUAUAGUUAAUAGAAGAGAUGGUUUGGAAACUCAUUACAAUAACAAUAUAACUCGUCUAUGUUAAAACUCAUCUAUACCAAAUCCACCAAAAUAGCAAGUUUUAAGUUACCCACUUUGUUCGAGUCACGGAUUGCUAACUUUCCUAAAACAUUGCUAUUGGUUAUUUGGACAAAAAUACAAUACGCACGUGACGAUGAAGGACCACAUUUCUGAAUAAACCUAAACAAAGUAUAGAUAAUGAAUUAUCGUAUAUUAAUUAACUUAUAUUGUAAUUCUAUUGAGUUUUCAAAUCAUCUUUUCUAUUAACUAUCGUAAUUCGUAUGAACUGCCAAGUAUAUUAAAUGAUCAAUCGCAUGUAAAUAAAUCGCAGGAAAAAAUAGUGACGUGCAUACUAUGGAAAUCAUAUUUGCACCACUAAAUCCAUAAUAUAUCUAUGCUUUAUAUAUAGCACCCUCUUUAAAUUCUGGUCAUUUAAAGGGCCAGUGUCACCAAUUUUCGACCAAAUAUGUCUUUUAUUCACAAUUUUGCUGAGCGUGAAAACCAAACAUCACGCAUAGUACAAAAAUGCACCGCUGAGGGUGCAAUGGAAGGCGUUGAAUAGUGAAGAUAAGGAAAAUAUCUUACUGUGUAUUUUCAGUGUGUUACUGUACAUAUUACGAACUUUAUAGGUUUUCUGUUUCGUGUUUAUAAAGAUCAGGCUUCCAGCUGUCAAAUGACAGUCACAUUUAUCGAAUCAUUGCGAUAAAAAAUUACCAAAUAUACGUUCUGACUUAAAAUGGUCGGUUGAAUUCGCAGUUUUCCACGUUUAGGAUUUAAAUGUUCUUCAAAUUUUCGAACAUUUGCCCAUUUUGGAAACGUAUGGCAUUGCGAGUUCAAUCUGCAAACUUCCAGUUCUGUAAAAUGUUCUACUCCCCUUCCUAUUCUACACCCCUGCCUACCUCCAUGUUGCAUGGUUUAAAUAUGUUCGUAAUAUUUUCUGUUAUUUAGGAGCCUGAACCGACGAUUGAGCUUGAUGCUGAGUCUCGAUUUGAGGGCAAAAACUUUCAACAAAUGAAUUCAUUAAUCAUCAGACACUUUAAAAAAGUCAUUCGAAGAAAGUAUAUUUUACCAAAUUAUAUCAUUCGUUAUAAACCUUUUCUUCGAACAAAAAUCCCUCAGGACGAACAAAACGGGUUAUAUAUUCACAACUCGCAAGUGACAGUUGGUUCAGUGGCUGUUCAAGUCAUUGGUUGCAGCCGUUUGCCGUUGAAGAAGAAAAGUAAUGUUGAAUGUUGGACAUUCUGUAGUCUGUCUGUUGAUUACAUUCCUUUUGCAGAACGAAAGAAUGACGAUCCUUCAUUAUGGCCCAUCGCAGAGGUAUGAAACCAUGCAGUUGUCUUUAUGUUUUGCCAGCCUUCAUGACGGGCAAAGAGACCGACUAUUAAAUAAUAGUUUUGGUUCAAGUCGGUUUCUCAAGAAGCUGAAAAUAGGUGCAUGCGAGCAGCUUGAAAAAGGUGCCAACCCCUCGGGGACCUUGAGAUGACUUAAGACACGUUUAAUUAAAUAAUUAUUGAUUUAAACAAUAAGAACAUUGGUAUACAAAUUAAUUAGUUUUCCUACGUAAUAACUACAUUUGAGGACGUAAUUUCUUCAUCCAAUUUACAGAACGGAAAAAGAUGGCGACUACAAGUAUAUAGUUCUGCCACAGUACUUUGCAAGCUGAUAUAAAGCAGCAAAGCAUGGGCCAUGUUGUCACCAAUCCGGAUAAAAUGCCGACUGGUCUGUCUCAUGCUUUUAGCAUUAUUUUAGGUUUACUUGAAACAUUGCUUGGCCAGUUGUACCAAAAUUAAUGCAGAUUUUCGCAUGCGUGAAUAUAUUGCAGCGUUUUACCGUUGUUUUACGUAUACAAUAGGGAGGUUCAAAUUUGACUUCCACUACCGCUACCGCUACCACUCACUGGCCUAGUACGCAUCUGAUUGGUUAAACGGAUGUAUCAAACGCAUCUGAUUGGCUAAUGGUCCCUGACGCGGUAGUGGACGUCAGAUCUGAACCUCUCUAUUCUCAAUAGUGAACCUACGGCCUGAUGAAGCCCAUCCUCUCGAUUCAUGAUGGAAAUUAGAUCUAAUAUCCCACUCCUCAGUUUUACCGUACUCUGAGUGGAGAACAUCUAAUCAUAAAACAUUUGCUCUGAUUUACCAGUACGAGGUAGUACGAAAUAACGAGCGAAAAAUUGGUCUCACAUUUCGCGAGGUUUCUUGCACUGAGGGAGAUAGCAACCGGAAGAAAAUAGUUAUAGACAGUAUCGACCCCGAAUCUCCAGUUGACUAUAGUUCUCUAAAGGAAGGUGAUAUUAUAUUGGAAAUUAAUGGAAUGCCUGUUGUUGAUGCCAAACAAGCGUCAAAACUUAUUCGAGGAUCAAGUAGAAGGUAAUAUUAAUAAUAUUAGUUUAAACGUUUCACGCUUUAGCCGUUCAAACAUCAAACGGCAUGAACGCGACAUUGAUUGUUAAAAAAAAGUCAUCACGUUUAGAUUAGGGUAAAAGGGGUUAGGAUCAGGGUCAGUAUUAAGGUUAUUGUAAUUGUAAUUGUAAUUGUAAAACGAUUACAACCCAAUACUUUAUUGCAUACAAUCGCUUUACAAUUACAAUAAAUUAUUGGUAACAACGUGCGGAAUGGCUGACCUACUGGCAACACUUAUAUUUGAGUUUAUGGUCACUGGUGGUUGUUAGUGGUCACUGGUGGUUGUCAACGAAGACGGUUAUAGAUCCAUGUCCAACUGUUCAUGACCCAGACAAAACAGGGAGACCUGAAUCCGUACCAUUAUCCUGUCUUCGUUCUUCUGCCCGUUUUGGCAAAAUUCGUCGUGAACUUCGUUCGGAACAAAGGUAGAAGAACAAAGACGUGAUAUAGUUUCAUGUCUCUCUGUUUUGUCUCGAUCAGGAUAAGAGCUAGGGUCAGUAUAUUCAUGAAUCUAUAACGCGAAGACACGUUGAGCAACCACCUUAAACUACAGACGGGCCAAAUUUUCAAGUGAACUCUUUUCUUCCAUUUUGUCAAAGUUGUGAGGCUAUAUCUGGACUGGUCUGAGCCAUUUUGCAAGUUACAAUUCGUGGACAUAACUUGUUAAUAAAUUUCAAAUUUGUCUCUGUGAGAGUUUAAUUAAAUUGUAGUUUAUCUUACCUGAACCCCCCCCCCCCCCAGGACAAGGUUGUUGAAUUACGCUUUAAAUUGGAGGGGGGGGGGGAUAAUGGCAACAUUGGUUGGGGAAAGGGAGGCAAAACGCUAGUGAAGUUAGUCGAGUAUAUUUUCCUAAAAUUUCCAUCUGUUUUACUGAAUUUAGCAGUUUGGGAAAGGACAAAACUGUGAUUAAAACAAAAUUGAUAUUUUCUUUGGUUGAUGUAGUAAUUUUCUUUUUUCUUGCAGGCUUUCCAUUAUGGUCAAAAGGCCACCGUCAUACAUGCCAAUGUCGAAGACGCAAGAACUUUCGCAGAAAAUUGAGUUCGACUCGGCCUCAAUUACUGGAGAAAAUUCUCCUGAGUUUGAUGACGUUGACGAUUUUCAAGAUGAAUUUAUUAAUAUUGUGAUGCCAUUGAUUAAGAAUGGUCCGGAUGACAGUCAGUCUUUUAGAGGUUAUUAUAAUAAUGUUCAUUUCUGGGAAAUCAUGAUAAAAUUUCCUACCAAGAUCUUGACAAGAUUUUAGCAGGGUCAUGGCACAAUCAUAGCAUGAUCUUGUUGGCAAAUCUUGCCAAGAUCACAACAUCUUCAAACAUCAUUACAUAUCAGGCAGUAUCUUCAAGAUCACGCCCAGGGGCGUAACUCCUGGGGGAGGGUGUUUACGGCGUAACUCCUGGGUGGGAGGGGGGGGUGUUUACAAAUGCAAUUUUGUCAGGCAACUUGUUCAAAGCACGUGCUAUUUGUUGGGCAAGGUUAACUUGCUUUACUGUAGGUAAACAACGAAAAAACCGUAUUGCAGAAUUUGAAGAUUGACCGACGACCGAGUUUUGUUUUUAGCAUUGUUCUUAGCUUGGAUCAUGCAUUUUAAUCAGCAAGAAAUGAAGUACUAUAAAAACAAUAAUUCGUUAUUCGUUUGGGAACAUGAUAGAUUUAUCGAAUUUAAAUGACUGUAUUGACAUCCAUACCUUUGACGAUGAUGUUAUAGUAAUAGUGCAUAUUCAUAAUAUACAUUAGCAAAUACUUGUGUAGAACUACUGUCCACGCCCCUUUUUGUCGGGCAAAACUUGAUUUUAUUGGGCAAAUAUUGUUGACACCCCCCAAAUGCUGAUACCCAAGUUACGCCCCUGAUCACGCCAGUAUCUUGAAAUAUCAUACCAAGAUCUUGGCAAGAAUUUAACAAAAUCAUGGCCACGGGUGAAUGGAUCAUGGCAAGGUAUUGCAAGGUGCCAUCUUGGCAAGAUCCUGGCAAAAUCUUGAGAAACAAGUAGUCGAAUUUUCUUUUUACAAUGUUCCGAGUUCUUGGCAAGAAAAUGAGAAAAUCAUUUUGAAAAAUGAGAAAUUCAUCAAAUGCCAAGAUUUUUCUUCACAAAAUCUUGGCAAGAUCGCAUCUACAAGUUCAACUUGGGUUCUUAUAGUACAAAAUAUAUUCUGUUUCGGCGAGAUGUGGGCAAUCCAAAGGCAGCUACGACGUUAAACAUAUAACAAACAUAUAAGUAAUUUAAACAUAUAAGUAAUUUAAUUAUGUAAAUUUGCUCAAGGAACUGGGCACAUUUUGAUUUUAAAUUAUAGAAAACUUGUCUAUAUGUUCUUUCAUGUAAAUGCCUAAAGUAAUAAAACGUCCAGUUGCAAACGAGCACUGAAUGUGAUACGAAAAUGAAUUUGCUUAAAGGAAUUUGUUGACAGGUUUUCAAAAAAAAAAAUUCCUUUGCUUUCCAGGAAAAAGUGAUGACACCAUAUCGAAUUUAAACCUAUCAGUAAGGUUUGUGUUAUUUAUCUUUCCAGCUUUAUUAUGGUAAUUUUAUAUACACUCAACAUAUAUGCACUGAAAAGUCUUGUAUAAGUCACUCUUACACAAUGCGAUUUGUCCAGCCGAUUCACCUUUUAAAAUAAUAUUUUCAACAAGUGGUACUUUGGACAAGUGGUACUCGUCAUCGGAAAAAAAUCAUCAGCUGACAACAGGGACGGUUUAAUCAUUGUUACAGCGGAACAAAUGUGUGGUAGAUUAAGAAAAUAUACCUUGUAGUCAACGAAUGAUGUUUUUUUAAAGUUUUGUUAAUUUAAAUUGGAACCAACUUUUUGAUUGGAAACUUUUGAUCGACAGACGUUUUGGGAAUACGAUGAAAUUUUAGCCACGCCCUUCUUGUCGGGCAAAAGAAACUAAAACUAAUACCCCUGCAGUUGUAAUAGCGAAGUUUCGCCCUGCAUGGCUGGCAAUAAUCCGCCUUAACAUUAAGCGAAGCCUGAAUUCGCCGCGGCAAAGUAUAGCAUGCGAAAGUGUUUCCCAUGCACGACUUGGCAACACACUGUGUCCACUUCAAUGCGUGCAAGGAAAUUAUCUUGUAUUUUUUUAAAUACAGCAAAAGUGAAUAUGAAAAAUCUGGAAGGUAUAACACUGACGUCAGCCUGUUACUUGAGAAAUCUCAACAAAAGAGUAAUGAAAGUGAGGAAACAUUUGGCGACGAUUAUGAGAAAGGAUCAAGUAAUACUGAAAAAAAGACGAAAUUUAUUAAAUCGUCUAAGGUAAGAAUAUAUCAUUACAGAGUGACUUUUUCGUGCUAGAAGUUGGGGGGAGCACGAUUUGCUCACACGAACCAAUUCAUUUGAGACGUUUAACCAAUUAUCUGCAACUUCGUGUAUAUCAUCGUUUCUGGUCAGUUUCUGCCUUUUUAUGGUUCGUGUAACAGGUGUACCAGGAAGUUUAUCAAGUAUAAAGAAUGUUAUCAAAUUUUAAAAUAACUGUAUUGCAUUUCAAUCUGUCCGAUGAUGACUUCGAAGUAAAGUCGAAAAUUCACAGUUCCAAACGUUCGUCUUGUAUUAAUUCAAUUCUUGAAUUUCAAGAUGGCAUUAUUAUUUCUUGGAAUAUUUUUUCAGAUAGUUUGAGAUCGUCAUGACUAUUAUAAUGGACCUACCGCAUAAUCUUGGCACCGCAUAAUCUAUAGCCUGUAAAAAAGAUUGAAAAAUUCACUCUCCAGAGGAAGGGCCUAUUGACCAUUUGCGUAAUAGACUAAAUUUUGAUAUCAACAAAAAUUUCAUUACAGCUUGAAAGAGCAUCACAAAAUUAGUAAUAUUCCAAAGUUUCGUUGCAAAAUGUUGUAAAAUGCGGAAAAUAUAGCCUUGCGAAAUUUGCAAUUUUCAGUCAUUUUAGAUUACAAACCGGAAAUUGACAGCCUCGAAGGGUUUGGGGCUGUCAAUUUCCCGUUUGUAAUCUAAAAUGACUGAAAAUUGCAAAUUUCGCAAGGCUAUAUUUUCCGCAUUUUACAACAAUUUGCAACAAAACUUGGGAAUAUUACUAAUUUUGUGAUGCUCCUUCAAGCUGUGAUGAAAUUUUUGUCUUGACUUGUUUAGUUCAAAAUUUAGUCUAUUACGCAAAUGGUCAAUUCUCCUUAUAUUUUCGAGGUAGUUGCAUCCCUACCAACGACAGCUUGUUCAUAUUAUUGGCACUACCUACAUUGGCACAGACAGUUCAAGAUUAUAACUGAUGAGUUUUUUAUGCUAACUGCCUCAGUACCUGAUUGUAACAUUGUAUUUAAUAGUGCCGUUUUAAAUGGUUAUGAAAUUGAAGGCUCAUGCAACUUACUUUUCACAAUGCUACCUAAGGGUAGUAGGCUAUAAUACUUAUGAAAACGUCACAAAAAUACUUGUAUCCAGGGAUUUGAGGUACUAACUUUGGACUUUGUGCUAGGCUUAAGACUAAGGACGAAAUGUAUGAUAAUAUAAAAAAUAUUAACUUAAAUAACUACUGGUGGAUCCCCAAUAUAAUUGCAUUGAAACGUCAUCUCCUGUCUUACGUUGCAUCCCUACGAGCGAAUACUUAUUGAAAAAUUCAGGCUUUAAAUUGAAAUUUAAUUCACAACAUAUGUAUCAUGUUAUUAUUUAGAAUCCUUAUUGGAAUGAGACAUUUGAACUUCGAGUGGAAAAGGAACAUAAAUAUCUCAAUGUUCUUGUCUGGUAUCGAAUUCUUAUUGAAUCUGCAAAAGAAGACAAUAGCGAAGAGCAGCAAACGAAAGACAUACUUCUGGGUUAUGUAAGUCAUGGCAGAAUUAAAAUAAUACGCCCGCUCUAGUCAGCACCUUUUUUACGAAGUCGGGAAUCUGACCUAUAAACCACUAUGUAUAGCCUGCGUAGCGCGCUACUGAAGAGUAUUUAAGCCCAGAUGAAACGAGGAUGAGAGUUGGCAGUCACACGACCUUGGUCAGCUGUUCUUUAUGCUUUCUCAACACUAUCAUGUAUUCUAUUUAAGUUAAAACAUAGUUGGAACACUCAUCAAACCUUUAUUAACUUAAAAUAGAAUAGUCAGAAUGGAAUAGAAACUUUAUUUAAAGAGGGAGUUUAAAGAGGGAAAGCAAAACCUGGUUAGCAAAAGCUAAUCUUACCCAGGACCCUCUAUCAAAUAACAUCAAGUAUUAUAUAUUACAACAAAACAAAACAAAACAAAACAAAACAAAACAAAACAAAACACAAUGAGAAUGUUUUUCUUCUAUUCUAAAAGUCAACUGACGCAAUUUAAUAAUUCACCUAACUUUAAGGAAAAAUGAUCGGACUAGAUCAGCAGACUUGUUCAAUGUCUGCCUCUGUUGUACCAGUUUUCUCCUCUCCUAGUUUAUAUGUUUUCUGACCAGAUAUGGCAGCUUUAGUAGAAUUCAUAGAGUGCAAUAAACCUACACACUGGAAAAAUGUCUCCUUUUGAUUGUGACCUAUUUGUGGACUUCCUAGAAAAAAAUUCUGAUCUAGUUUCAUUUACCGUGUUCAGUAACUCCAUAGCGUUUUUUUGUUUUUUUGUGUAACAGGUCACCAUCCCGUUAACAGAUAUUGCUGUUCAAUGUUUGGAAACUGGUGAUCGAUAUCACCAACAGGAAUAUGUGCUUGUUUCAACAGCGUACGACAAAGUAUUGGCAAGGUUUGAAGUGUUAUCUACUGUGUGGUAGUUUAUAAGAUAUAGUUUGUGAUAUACCGGAUAGUCAUGUUAGGUCUAUUCUUCAGUGGACCAGCGUUUCUAUAACAUCCGGAGAAAACCUUCUUUGCUUAGUGGAAUCAAACUGGAUAUAAUUUUCUUAUACAUACCACUAAGGCGAAAUUGCUAUAAAAUCUCAAAACGGCUUGUGUAUUAAUUCCAUAUAUGAACGAGCCCUCGUCGCAAAGUGAAAGUCACAUGCACGAAUGCACUGUGUGCCAACAUCCCACGAAUGUUUUGUUUUGUAGCUGGGAUGAUAGGGGUAGGGUUGGGGGGGGGGGGAGUGCUCACGAGCUAAAGCCUGGUAGUGCAGGUCGAGGGCAGAGACUUACUAGGUUUGGUAACUUCCCUGUACUUGAUAAAUAUGAGUAGAGCUUGGUUGGUUCUCCCCCACCUAAACUAUAAAGCUUUGAAUUCUUGAUCAUAUUCUUGCAGCAUGGUCUCUUCAUUAUUAUGAUGUAUAGCCUAUAUUAUCAUACGGUCAUACUUAAAUAUAGUUUUUCGUUCUCCCCCUCCCCAUCAGGGUGAUGGGUUAGAUGGGUUAUGUGCCUCCGGUUAGGAGGGAUUAGAGUGGGGGUGGGAUGAGGGUCAGGUGAUGUAUAUCAUGAUGAUGUAUAUCAUGGUGAUAUACAUCAUACAUAAAAGUGCUCCUGUAUUACGAUAUACAUCAUAGAUUUUACGUAUGGUUUCAUUGUAUGGUUCCAUUUACACAGAAAAUAUUCCGAACAGAAUGCAAAUGGAACACCAAUAUUUAGUUCAAGGACCAACCAAAAAUUUUAGGAAAUAACGGUUUGGCUGAAAUGGUUGUCCUCGUUUUGCGGCUGGAAUGUUUCAUACGGUCAAUUAUGUUUCAUCUACACCUUCCACAUGUAUUAUUGGCCAGUUCUAGGUUCUUCACGAAUUUUGAAAAACCAAAUGGGUUUUCUUGUAAAUGCCAGACCACCUGUAUAGAAACAUGGAAAUGUUUUCUUAUCUCUGCCAUAAAAAUACGUGUGGUUGAGAAAUAUAUCAUAAGGCUGUCCUUCUUUAUGUAGUCGAUCUCAUCUCAAUGGUCAUCCUGGUCUAAAUAGAGUUGCAUGUGGCGGUGAUAUAACAUUGGCUUUUACUUACAAACCAUCAUUUGAUAAUGACGAAGAAACAUCUGUUAAGACAAAGGUUCUUACAUCGGAGAAAAUCGAUAAGGUAUACAAAUAUUAUUCGAGAUGAUAAAUCGGCCUUUUGUUCGACUUUUUGGCGGCUAACUGCGCAGCCACAGUAACCUGAUCGCAGGUUACAGUCUUCAAGCCCUGAUCGUAGGUUACAGUCACAGAGGAUAACCAACCUCGUCCCCAGGGCAUUGACAUGAAUAUAACUGCAACGCUACCUUCAGAUAAACUGCCAAUCUUUGAGACAGACACGCGUGUUUGGGGUUCAAGACAUGCGUGUUUAUAUCAUAAUUGACUGAUUAGGCGCUCUUUGCAUGCGUGAAAGGACUGGGACUGGCCUUCAAGUCUGGCUUCAAAUUUCCGGUUGGAGGUAGCGUCCCAGUUAUAUUCAUUUCACUGUCCCCAGGGUCAUCGUCGUAGAUAAGAACAAGCGAAAAAGUGAUUUUGUGAAGUAAGUAGUAUACUAAUCCUAUAAACAAUCGUAAUGUGUUUCUGUUCAGGUAAAUUCAUUCUUUUGUUUGUCCCGGUUCACUGUCCGGUACGGUUUGCUGCCCAAAAAUGCAUGAAAACCAAACAAUGGUCGAGGUUGAGGCAGUACGCUCCAUAUAUAAUCUGGAGCGAGAAGUCGAGUCCAAAAAGUGAAGCCAGUUUCGUGUUAACCGCGCAGACAAAAACAAUAGAAAGGGACUGGAACUGACGUCCAAUAGCGGCUUCAAUUUCCGCCAUCUUGGCAAGGAGUGUGCCGAAAUUUCGUAUUUUGACAUCGAUUUAGAGAUGCUGUAAAGUCUGCUUAUAUUCCAAUGGUCGGGAUCCGACCGUUGGAAUGUUAUUAAUAUUUCGCACCUUCCGAACUUUCUUGAAUCUAAAUCUCUGGUUUAUUAAUUUACGAGCAUUGCGAAUCAGAAGAAUUUUUCUUUGUCAGGCUUUGCCGUUUGACGUAUAACGCGAAGCUUAAGCUCUCUAUUGUUUCAUGUUGUGACAUGUAAAUAACAUUAUUAUACAUUGCAGUCGCUACAAGCGUAACCAGAAGAUAACUGAGUUGUGCGUAAGUUGAGCCAGCGGAAGGUCAUUUUAUAGCAAGCGGCAGUUUAAAUACAAGAAUAAAAACAAGAUAAAGCAAUAUGAACGGACGGCAUUUUCGUGAAUGUUUUUGUGCAAAAAGCAGACCUUUUUGGUAUUUUUAUCGAAACUUUAAUACGUAAAUGAGAUUUCUUUUUCUUUUUUUUAUGCUGUUAUUGUGAUAUUUUAAAUCGUUUUCACUGCUUAUUUUUGAAGACCAAACGUUGUUUUGUGCGACAAAUCAUUAUCUGUCGCAAGAGUUAUAAAAAUGCAAUGUAUAACAAACAGUUAAUGAUACUGUAAAGUUCUGUUUUUGUGAUACCCAGAAUUAUCAAGGUCUCAGUAAGUGUUAUCAAUCUCGCGACUGAUAACUCUUACAUCGAUCUUGAUAUCACAAUCCAAUAACUGUUUAUUAUUUGUGCUUGUUAUAAUAUUGACAAUUUAUUAUAUGGCAAGCAUCACUUCCGGUGAAAUGGCGGACCGUGAUUGGCAGAGAAGCACUUUCAGCGGCCAAUUAUUUCCAGUAAUGGAACGGCGGUCCAUUACGUAAAAACAAACGCAUGCACUUUACAACAAAACAGCAAAACUAAUUGAAAAUUAUAAUUUAAUUUGUUAUUAAUAAGAUAUCUGCGAAUGGUUUUUAGUGGAAAAGAAGGAAUACAUUGGUAUUUUUUGUUUUCUUUGACCAAAUGUGUACCACGCUACUAAUAUGCACUUCAAAUCAUGCAUUUCUUGUUUGUUUCAAGUAUAAAUGCCUAUAUAAAUGCCAUAUAAUAUACUUUUAUUAACCUCGCUUGCUCGGUAUGUACAGAAAAAUAUCGGACCUCGGUCUUUUUGUACAAACCUCGCCCUACAGGCUCGGUUGUACAAAAAAGACCUCGGUCCGAUAUUUCUCUGUACAAAGUUAUUAUUGUACACCGGUGAAGAUCCGGGCUUGCUGGUCAAAAGCUUUGGCCUAUUCCGGGUUCUUUCCACUAAAGAAAAGAAUUGUAUUUAUCGCCAUGCGUAGAACUUAAAUAUUUUUUAUUUUGGUUUAAGGAAUUGUCCCAGUCUUCCGAUCAACUAGAAAUUUUAGAGUGAGUGCAAUUUUUUAUUUUUAAUGUUUAUAUAUAAUUCAUUUCCACGGCAUAUUGUAAUGCCCUGUAUUGGACAGUGGAUUGUUUUUUACCUAUUUGUUUUGCCAGUAUAUAGCUUGGUUUGCCAAAUGCUUAUUUAGGUAUGUAUAGUAAAUAUUAUUAGAGAGUUAUUGCAAAGUCAUUUUGCGCGUGAUGUCGUUUAUUCCGCUGGAUGACAUGUAAGAUUAACAUGUGUAAAACGUGUAAAAAUACCUUUCAAGCGUAUUGCCGCGCGAUACGUCAUCUCGGUCUUGUUACAACAAGCUUCUUUUGAUUAUAUAUGUAGUGUUGAAGUAACAAAGCACAACUUUGGGGAUACCCAGUUUUACUAUCAAACCAAGUGUGAAUUCUGUUCGAAAAAGGUACGCAUGCAGUACAUAUAUCAUAUAUUAGUAUAAAUUUUGCAUACUAAAUGUCGAGCUUUCGCGCGUUCUGAUUGGCAGGAUCUGACGCAAUAUUUACUAGCAGACUUGUAAAUAAUGCUUUUCAAAAAGAGUGAUUCGGCAAAUUUGGUUUCAAAAUUCUGAAAAUUGACGAAAUAUUAAAACAAUCGUCCCCUGAAAACGAAAGAAGCACAACAUUUUGUGUUUAACUUGAAAGGUAGGAUUCCUUUAUUAUUUUAUUGUGUCAAACAUAUUCAUGGACAUUUUAAAACUUAUUUAAAACUCCGAAACAUUCACUUCGAACAGAUAGCAAAAACUAUCCCGACUGUUGGGAAGAACGUUGUCGUGAUAUUCUUUUUCUUCUUUACGAUACUUUUUCUUUUGAUAUGCCAUGUUUUUGUUGGUGUCCUGUUAAAUAUCAUAUACACAUAUCAUUACGUCUUAAUUGCUCGUUUGCAAUCGACGCCAUCUUGGUUGAUAUUCGUGGCAACUAAAAAUCUAUAUUCUUCAUUCUUUGUCGUAUUCUGCCAGAAAUCGUAAACUAUCCAUGAUACAGUAAGAUGUUUUCAAAACAAAUCGAUGUAAACGGCUGGACAAAACUUUAAAAUCAACCAAGAUGGCGCCUAAUGACACGUAGUGACGUCAUGUGCAAGCAAUUAAGAAUUCAAAAGAUCGAAAAUUUCAUCUAUUUGAUUCAAUAAUUGCACGACAGUCAAAUCAUUACUGAAUGGUGGGAACGUUCCUCAGUCUUAAAGUGAUAAAGAAUGAAAAAAAAUUCACUUUUUCUAAAAGACAGAGUAGAAAGUAUAGAAAUCUUCUGUCGCUUGAGGUUACUACGAUUGGUUUUAAAAACUGGCAAGGCUUGGCAGGUCCGUGUACCUAUUACAAAGCCUUCUGUGUUAGUCAGAGCACAGACCUAGGGGGCGAGAAGAACUGUGUAGGUAUAAUUCACUUGGUAUUUAUUAAAUCCUUCAUGCCAUACUCCUUUCUGUCGUUCAGUUCUCUUUUUGUGUUCUUCCUUUUAGAUCUGGACAAAAUCCGGGUAUCAGUGUCGCUUAUGUGGUAUGGCGUGUCACAAGAAGUGUUUGCAACGAGCGAAAAUGUACACACAGUGUUACAGGUUUAUACUAUUUCUAGCUUUUAUUUUGUCUUAUUCACAUCUAUGAUGACAAGAUGUAUAUGAUUCUAAAAUGUUCUUGAGUGAAUGAGUCAAUCAAAAAACUACCUGAUACGAGUAAGAGUUUGAUGCUGAGCGAAUAUAAACGAUAUUCCUGCAACGAAAAUAGGAGCCCAGCAUUAAAUGGAAUCAUACACACAAAUAUGUAUAUAAAAGUUCUAAUAAAAGACAUUUCGUCUUAACUCAAGUCGCAAGACAUCUUCAGACUGGCAGUAAAAUUCCAAUGACAACGAUUAUGAAUAAAUUAAGUUACUGUAUUUCAAAGUAUUAAAUUGGGGGGGGGUCAAGACACGCGUGUUUACGGCUAGUAAUACAAUGAAAUUAAUAAUAUUUAAGAAAGAAAGAAAUAAUUAAAAUCCCAUGGGAGAUUUAGACGUUGUCCACGGUUUGUUUACAACGGAUAAACCAGAGCUUUACGUCCUGUGUACAACGUUUGUAUUUUAGUACGUAAGAAGUGGGUACUCAGCAAAUUGGUUCAGUACUAAUGUGGAACUCUACUCAAUACAAAGCCUCUGUUUUGAUCUCUUCAAGCUGUAUUAAAAUGAUACGAUUGAUAAUAUACGAUAAGAUUUCAUUACAAUCAUUUAUUUGAGUGAAUUUGUUUUGGCCGUCGUCGUCGUUUUGCCGUCCUACAUCUUAAAGUCCCUAUGCAUUCCAGAGCCCAUUUCACUGAUGCGCAACGAGAGAAUCGAACCCAUGACUGGGGCCUAGGUACUAUAGGCUGAGUAUUCUGAAGGUCGUGGUUUGCGGGCCCGGCCAUGGAAAGCUCAUUCUUCUUACCCAUGCUAGAUAACUUUAGGUUCAAUUUUACACAGAUCUAUCUAUUUUUAUUGGUUAUUUUUUAUGAUCUAUUUUUAGUAUUUUUAAUUCGCCAGAAAGUAUUUUCGACUUUCUUCUGCGUUCAGGAAAUACAAAAACUGUGAGCGAAGUUUCUACGAGUAGAGACAUGCCUUGUCCGGAAAUAGGAAACCGGAAGUAA